GUCAUAACACAAAUAUUUUAGAGAGCCUUUUAGUGAGCUUUAUUUUCAACAUCCCAUUAAAGAAUUUAGACGCCACGGUCGGACUAAUGGCUAGAAGACCUCUAAUUCAGCGGAUUUUAACGUGUGACAACCGGGAAACUGAUUUUUCCGGUGACUAUGCUAUUAAUAUUUCUGACACUGUUUUUAGUUUUCUUGACGAGGAUGGUCAAGGUUCGUCACUAGAAAGUGUCAGUGAUGACGUUUAUGUUGAAGAUGAAAAUGAGGAGAAAGAUAAUAGUACUGAAAAUGUUGAAGACAAUCAGUUCUGGGAAACUCAACAUCAGCUUUUGCAAGCUGUAUUAUGCCGGACAACAACAUUAGAAUCACAGAUCCGAAGCAUUACUAAAGAAACAGUGAAAGAAGCAUCAGAAAAUGACUGCUGUAAUUGCAGCUGGAAAAUGGUCAACAAUAUUAGUUGCCGAAAUUGUCUGAUGAAAAAGGUGUGUAGUCGCCUACAAAAUGCAGGUUUCAACUCUGCAAUUUGCAAGUCCAAGUGGAAGAGCUCACCAGAUAUUCCCUCAGGUGAACACGCAUUCAUAGACGUGGUGGACAAUUCGAGCACUAAAAAGGGAGAAGUGAGGGUAAUUAUUGAAUUAAAUUUUCGAGGGGAGUUCGAAUUAGCGAAAGCAAGCGAAGAAUACAAUCGACUGGUCAAAUGCCUGCCAGAAGUGUUUGUUGGGAAAGUAGAGAGAUUAUUGUCAGUAAUACAGAUAUUGUGCAAUGCUGCAAAGAAGUGCAUGAAGGAGAAGAAAAUACAUAUAGCGCCAUGGAGGAAACAAAAAUACAUGCAAGCUAAGUGGCUUAAAACAUUCCAACGUAUGACCGCUAAAUCUCCAGUAUCCGUUUACGAAUAUUCAAGCCGAUUGCCACGGCCGAAGGCAUCUAUGCUUACUGCUGAUUUAUUGGAAAAUUUUCCAAGUGUACAUUGUACUGCUGUUGAAGCGGUAUGAAGGAAGACAUAUGCGUUAGUUCUAUCGAUUGCCGUAAAGAAUUGAGAGUUCGUUCCAUUUUUGUAGUUGCUUUAGGCUUUUGAGCUUAUGUGAGUUUAGAGUAUGUACUCCCUCCGUU